GAGAUUUGCGCAGAGAUCUCCCGUACAGUCGCACUCCAGCACUACUCCCCAAUUGAGGAUCACAAUGAUGCCUACAGCAAUCUCGUAGCGCUCAAACGUCAAUUGGCACCAACCAGCACCGAUCGCCAAAGGAUACUUAUAGAGCAAUACCGAGCUCUUCAAAAGAAACCACGCAAGGAUUUUGAGGCAUGGCUGAACGAAUGGCUACAAACUGUCGGGCAGUGCAGAAGAGCGAGUCUUCCAGAUGUCCAGGGUACCCGCGCGCAAACUGACUUUCUUCAUACUAUUAAGCCUCUAGCACCAGAGUUCGCAGCAAGCGCACUGCUCCAUAUCACAGAGAAAGAG